UUUUCUGACAGUUAUCGACAAAAGUUUAGCAUUUUAAAUUCUUUUCUAUUGGCAUAAAUUUACUUGUAAAGCAACUUUAUGUACCUCCGAUUACAUGUGCAAAUCCACUUUAUAGAUUAGUUGAUGUUAGUUAAUCGUUUUUGUAAUGGAGUAGUUGCAUUUCAUUCCAUGUUACGUAAAAGACUUGAAUGAGAUCAAUCUUUAAAGGCUCAUUUCCAUUACAUAAAUGAUUCGUUAAUCUUGAAAAGACCGACAUGGAUGGUCAUUUCUUGCAUGAAUUCAAAAGGCAAGCGUCGUUCUUCUUCAAGGACAAAAUCAAGGUUGCCCGAUUGGCUCUUCUUGAUGUUACACCAGCUCAACUAUCGACAGAAGAAGCCACAAAUGGAGAUUCCUCAGCACCGGACGCACGUACGAUGAGACUUAUAUCACGUGCUGCCUUUGAAGUUGAUGAUUAUUGGAGAAUCGUUGAUGUUCUGCAUAGAAGGUUGCAGAACUAUGAUAGACACAAUUGGCGAGCGGCCUACCAGGCGAUGAUAUUGCUGGAACACCUCCUCACGCAUGGACCAGCAAGAGUUGCAGAGGAGUUUCAAGGUGAUCGAGAUAUCAUCAGAGAGAUGGCAAAUUUGUCUUACAUAGAUGAGAAGGGGUUCGAUUGGGGAUUAAGUGUGCAGAAAAAGGCUGAAAGAGUGCUGAAGCUGAUCAAGGACGGGUCAUUUCUCAAGGAAGAAAGAGCAAGAGAGCAAAAAUUAACAGUGGGGAUUAAAGGGUUUGGGAGUUUCUGUGAACGAUCAAUCUUAACAGAUGAGAGUUCGAAAUGUGCAUAUUCCGAUAAAUAUUUGAGAUGUCAUUCUCACUUUUGUGAACGUCAAAGCACUGAAGACGCUCUGUUGGCUGCAGACGACGAAAGGAUUCCAAAUGCGCAGGAGAUUCGUAAUAGGCACAGAAAUUUAACAACCGAAAACCCAGCACAAAAUUCCGACGCCAACAGAACCUUUGAAGAGAAUGAUCAUCCCUUCUACGGCAAAGAAGAUCAAGCUCUAGUCUCCCUGCUUUCCUCAGGGUGAAACCUUUGCACGGUACUUCUUAAAAGGAAGUUCCUGUAAACACUAUGAUUUUGUAGUUGACAUGUCAUCUCCUUUAGUAUUCUAUAGCAGAAUCAGAGUUGUACGAUAAGAUAUUGUCUUAUGCUUUAAAAAAGUGAAAAUCAGGUUUUAUCUAGAGUUAAAUC